CAGGAGAACAAACAAAAAUGGCGGAAGGCAAGCUUGGUAUCUCCGUGUGGUUCGUCCUUGCCGUCGCUUUUUUCUCGGUCAGCGAUGGCUACGGGACCGGAGCCCCAGCCCCGGCCUGUGUCACCAUGCGGCCCGGGCAUCUGAACGGCGGCGUCGCGGUGAACCCGCAAAACUCCACCAGCCCGUACUCCAUCGUGGUGGGGGACGAGUACACCCCGGGGAGGACCGUGUCAGUUCAGAUCGUGGGGCCGCAGUUCCGAGGGUUCCUGCUCCAGGCCCGCCGACCUGGGUCUACCACACCCGUCGGUACCUUCUCCAACGCUCCGGCAGACACCAAGACUACUGAGUGUACAACUGCCGACAGUAGCAUGACUCAUUCCAACGCUGGCCAGAAGCAGAACAUCACUCUGACCUGGAACGCUCCUUCUACAGGCGUCGGCAACGUGCAGUUCGUGGCCACUGUUGCAGAGCAGAAAGUGACGUAUUGGAUGAACAUUCAGUCAGCACAACUCAUGCAAGCGAGCAGCGCCAUCUUGGCCAAACCUACCUAUUACGUCAUCAUACUCUGCCUCCUCCAAUCAGCGUACGCCAUGAUGAAGUAGAUCACGUGAUCGAGGCAGUGACGUCAACAGGAAGAGCACAAAAUCCAUCAACACAAUUGCCACUUUCUUUAUCGCGGUUAUAUUAUAACUAAGUAAAACUAGCACGUGCAAUAGAAAAAUCACCGCCUUAGACUAACU